UAAAGAAAUCUAAUGUUGUCGUCAAUGUUGUUAUAAUGUACACUUGUAAAAAUUUUCGAUACUUUUGUAACCUUUUCAAAUUUAAUUUGUGUAAUGUUAUGAAAGCAACGAGUUUGCCGCCUUUAAUUCUGUGUGAUUUUAUUUUCACUUAAAAGCUGGAAACUCGUCGGGAAGAGAUGAAGGCCUCACCUUCGCAGAUAUUUAAGGAAGCUGAAACAUUGAAGGCUUCUUUGUCAGGUGAGAGCCUGCCAAACAAUGAUAUCUGGCAGAAACGUCAAGAACUUUGUCACUUGUUUGAGUCAUUACUUCUGAUUGAUUUGGAUUAUGCCUUGGACAAGAAAGUUGAACAGGAUUUGUGGAGUUUCAUUUUCAGAAAUCCAAUAUCAGCUUGCCAGUCAAAGGCCAGAGAACACAAAAAAUCUAACCACAGCUAUUCCAAUAGCCAACUUUCAACAUUGUUAGAAACAGCAAGUGGAUUUUAUCUACAACUUCUUCAAAAAUUGUGUUGUGCAUAUGAUAUUGACCUUCCAUGUCAUCCAAGGGAUUCUGUAUAUGGAUUAACGAAAGAAUGGAUCAGCAGAUAUCCUGUUGCACAUCAGCCUCGUAAAUCUUCUCUACUUUAUAUUUGUCAACAUUGUCUGGUGCAUUUAGGUGAUAUUGCACGGUACAGAGGGCAGUCUCUUCAAGCCGAAAAUUUUUAUCGUCAUGCUGUGGAUUUAGUUCCUAGUAAUGGUCAGCCAUACAAUCAACUUGCGUUAUUAGAGGCAGCUAGCGGUGAAAAGUUGUCUACAGUUUUUUUUUAUGUCCGAAGUUUAUGUGUACAACAUCCUUUUCCAUUGGCUGCGAAUAAUUUGCAAAACUUAUUCUCAAAAAUGUCUUCUGAUGGAAGUGUAGGUGAAGGGAAAACUCGUAUGACUGCUUUUGAAUAUGUAUCUGUGUUUUUACAAUUCCAUGCUGUCAUUCAUCUAAAUAAUGACUUAAAGAAGAUUGACCCAAUGAUCAACAAGCUUACUACAUCCCUACCUGCUCUUAUCAUUGCUGAAAAGUUUGAGACAUGGCAACUGGUUCAGAUGGUAGCCGUAUGUUUGUUUGCAAUUGAACAUGCAUGGGGUACUGUUGAUGUUGAUAAGAAUUCUUCUCACUUUGAUGAAACAAUGCUGAGUCCUGAAGAACUUAAAGCUUCAUCGCUCAUUGAGGAAUUAUUAGCUAGCAUGCUCCAUGCAUUUUUAUUACCAGUUCAUGCAUCUUUGGAUCCAAAGGAAACUGCUAACUAUUAUACUUUGCCUGCUAUCAAAAUUAUUUUGGAUUGGUUAUUACAAGAUCCCCAACUAUUACAGCAUGAAGCUAUAACUAAAAAUCCUCAAGUUUGGCAUGGUCUCUGUAAAUUAUUAAAUGACUUAGAUGUUGCUACCAAAGAACCAUUUGAUCUCAAGAAAUUUGAGGAUAUACCCCUUCCAGAAGAUUGGGAUCUUCAGUCAUUUCUUCCUUUGAAAAAAUCUCAAAGGAGACUAAAAUUUAGUUUGAAUGCAGCUACUCCUAGUGAUGAGGAAUCUACUUGGUUAAGAUCUAUUCGACUUUGUAAACUAGGUGAAUGUUUAGCUGGUGUUACAAUGGAAGGUUUGAAUUUAUUAUCUCUAAGUCAAUCUGAUGGCAAAAGAAUUUUCAAAGCUAUUCAUCAAACUGAAUCUCUUUCUGAAGAAGUAUUGCAGCAAAUUCAAGAACUGACUGUGAAUCCUAGCCCUGUAACAUCCUUAAAUGACACACCAGUGUUGGUUAAUGGAAAUACUACCAAUGAAAUUUCAAACACAUCUUUGCGUUCAAAGCCUGGCCAUGGAGAAGGUAUGCCACAACAAGAGGUCCGUUUCAAACUGGAUGAUACACAACAACGCAGGGAAAAAUCAGACUCAGAUAGAGAACUACAAAAUGAGAAAUUAGAACGUCGUAACAAAGAUAAUUCAUCUAAUACUGGUCGGGAAAGACGCAGUGGGAGGCAAAAUGUUGCAAUGCAGGCUAUUCUUCAACAACGAGCUGCACAAAUGACAACUGGCCAUGGAAGAGGACAGGAGAACUCCAAAGAAAAUAAUUCUUCUGUACACCAGGAGUCUGUUUCAAGACAGAAUGUUCGACCUCAAAAUCAUGUCGAUAAUUCCCAUCUCAUUCGUCCUGCACUUGAAAACUGCAUGGGACCUCAAGUGGUAAAAGAGGCAAAUCUGAAUAGACCAAUACAUCAUGUAACACAAGAUCAGUUUAACCAGUUCCAACAGCAAGCCAUCUCUGUGAAUAAUGUGCAGCCUUGUGAAAGGAAUGAAGCUUGGAUCCAACAGUUCAAUAUUCAUCAACCUGGGAUUGGUCCACUGAAUCAAGUUCCUCGUGAUAACAAUCCUGUUGCUAAUUAUGUUCAAAAUUCCCUGUCUCGAGUUGUUCGAACCUCUGCUCCAAAUUUUAAUUUCCAACAGCAGCAGCCACUGCCACCACCACCUCAACAACAAACACAACCAAAUCAAAUGAUUGCCAAACAAGUUACUCCAACCACUUAUAUUAAUCCACCAAAUAUGUUAUGGAAUUAUAUGGGUUUUGUAGCACCUUAUCAACAGGCAUGUGCAGGUAAUCCUACUCCACCAGGUACUCAGAUCAUUAUGCAGCAAGGGACAAACCAGACACCCCGACAACAACCUAGUUUCUACAUGAUGAAUGGGACUCAGCAGGAACUGACUCCUAUUGAUGCUACUUAUGCAUAUAGAAAUGCACCAAAUGGUUCUACUAUUCUACAGCAACAAGCACCUGAAUUAAUCAGAGAUCAAGUUCAAGAACACUUAGCCAACCAAGCUAGGUUGUGGCAGCAAGAAAAUGGUCGAAAUGAUAUUGCUACUAAUCAUCUAAUGAAUCAGGUUGUUGGUCGUCCUGUUGCGCAGACUUUGCAGAACACGUUAUCAGCUCAGCAAUUACAAAAUGCUGGUGCAUCUGUUUCAUCUGCUCUUCCUCAUGAACUAAGCUCUAAUACAUAUUCUCUUUUUAAUUCUUCUUGGCCUUCAGGAAUAUCUAUACCAAGAGCAAACAAAGAAACUCAGCAUAACAACAUGGAUCCUGUUUUUAUGCAAUCCAGAAUUCAAUCUUUGUGGUCAGGCCCAGGUCCAUCUCCAUUAGAGCGACUGCUUGAACAACAGAAGCAAAGGCGUGAUGGUGCCACGCAGUGAGGUGGUGCGCAAGUUCAUAAAGGAGAGAAAAUCUGGAAAAAAUACACAUUUUACAGUCAUUCAAUAGUGGCAUUCACUGGCUGUCUAAUGCCUUCUUUCAUCAUGAAAGAAAUGCUGCAUAACAUCUCAAAAUGCGUCCAUUCACAGAAGCAGGUGAAGCUGUGUGAAGUAUGACCGUCUUUGCACUGUAAUGAGGCACUGCAUAUACUACGUGCGUCCUUUUUAAGUAAGGUGUGCUUUUCAGGUUGUGCUGAAUUUUGCAACUAGUUGUGCAUUCAUUAUUAUUACUACUGUUAUACUACUCAUAUUGCAGAUUGGUUAAGUUUUAUGGUAGCAUUGGAUCAGAAGUUCCAGCUCUUUCCGUGUAUCACAAAAGCUUAGUCUUUAACUAUGGAAAUGCAUUCUGUUGGUUAUCCUUUUCUUUGAUUUGGAAGAGGUCUCCACACGUAUGUAUAUAUGGUUUCUUAUAAAAUGGAGAUCUCUGUAAUCUAUGCAAAAGCUUUAUUUUUAAAGGAAUAAUGAUAAGGCCCUAUGCAAAUGUCAUGUACUGUAUGAUUACAAAUUUAAGAUUAGUUCCUGCUGUAGCAGUGGGCUAGUAUGAAUGUAGGAUGUUUUAAGCAGUCUAAUUUUAUGCUGUUUUUUAAAAGUGCCAUUCAACUCACCAAAGGAGGAAAUCCUGGAAGUUUCAGUUAAUGAAUUCUAUCAUUGCUGUAAGCUUAAGCAAUUGUUACAAAUUACACAUUUUAUAGGUACUCACACAAAGCAUGAAUGUCAUGUAGCUUUAUUUGUUUGCCUUUUCUUAUCCGUGAAAUUUUCAUAAAUUUAAAUACUAAAUUAGUUAUAUCUAAAUUCAUUGGCAUUUGGAAACAAAAAAAAAAAAGCACUAUUCCAUGUAGGAAUUAAAAAUAUGUUCAAAUAAUAGGUGUAAAAAUAAAUUUUUAUUCCAAAGCAGGUUAGUUUUAAUUUCUGAACAGUUUCAAUGAAAUGGUAACUCUGGCUGGUUUUGGCAAAGCCACCUUCCUUUUUUUUUUCAAAUUAAAGAUAAAAUUCCCUUGCAAAUGAAAUGUGACAUCAGACCAUUCCUUUUCUAUAAUUCCUCAACUGUAUAUAUGAACAUACCUGUGAAUUUAGCAUAUCUUAAUUCCAUAUCACAUGAAUUUUCAAAGCAGAGACUGGACUUUUAUGGAAGUAACUGGACUGUUUAAUGGAAGUAAUUUUAUGCAAUUUUUGAUGCUUUAUUUUGUUAGUCAGAGUUAAAAUAUUUUGCUAGAAGUUUUCAUUAAGAUUCAUCUUUGUUAGAAAAACUUUUUUUCAUUGUGCCUAACAUAGUCUUUUUAUUAUAAAACAGAUGUUUCUUUUCUCUUUUUUUAAACAAUAUAUCUUGUUUCAUUUUCUGAACAUUGAUGUUCAUAUGUAUUUUCUUUAUUAUUCAUAAAAAAUUCUGAACUACCAUUUAUACCUGAAUUCCCUCCCUCCCCCUUUAGUAAAACUACUAUUGUGACUCACACUUCUACAAUUGCAUUGUUGCCUUAGUGAUGCAUUUUGUAUGUAUUUUUAAAUUUAUGUAGAACUCCUAAGAGGAGAUAUUUUUGUUUAAAAAAAAUUCAAUCUAUAAUAUGUUGUAGACUGUUAUUUUGUCAAAUGCAGUUGAUUCUCAUAUAUGUAUGUCAUUUUUUUUUCUUUAUAUUAUCAGACAUCAAAAUAAUAUACAUCAUUUUUAAAUUCAUUUAUUGCUGUCAUAAUAAAAUAAUAAUUCAUCUAUUGAAAUUUAAGAACUUUUUGUGAAGUAGAACUUUAUUUAAGUAAUGUGAAUUUGUAACAUCUCAAUUUAUUUAUUAUAUAUUUUGCAAUUUUUCUUGGGAUUUAUUUUAUUCAAACUUUAUUCAAAUAUGCAAUGUAUUUUUGAUAAAAAAAAAUUUUUGCAUUUGAACUGACUAAAAUUUAUUAUGCUUCAGCAAAUAAAAUGUUGUGGACUUUUAAAUGUACUAUUGAUUUAUGAUUUUUAACUAUUUGAAACAAUAAGGAUUUUUCAAUUUAUAAUUUUUGUCAAAUUGUGACAAAUAAAAAUGACUCGAUUUUCUUUUCCUGAAAUCUAUAUAGUGAAUGUUUAAAAUAUUUUCAUUCUAAAUUUUUAAUUAUAUUUUCUCUGAGUUAAUUGUAAAUUUUAAUUAAUUAUUAUAGUUUUAUGAUUUGUAUAUUUUACUCUCUUUAUUCUGCAGCAAAAUUAGUAUUGUCUUUGAUAUAUAGUUUAAAAUUUUAUUUACUGAAAUUUGAUUAAUCUUUAGUUUUACAAACUUCUUUUCAUUUCAAUUAAAACUCAAUCCUGUGUUGAUUUUUUUUAUUGUAUAAUUUAAAUUUGAACUGCU